AUGGCCAGCCUGGAGCAAAAACUCACAGGGGACGUGGCAGGCCUGAAAAAGAAUAUAGGGCGAGUGGCUGAGAUGGUAAACGUCGACAUCACACCUAGCUGCACACAUGACCAUCCGUUUACCGCAGAAAUAAUGGCGCCCCCUCUCCCCAACAAAUAUAGGUCACCGUCGAUCCCACCAUAUGAUGGUCGAGGGGAUCCCGACGAUCAUUUGGAGAUGUACACAGGACACAUGCUCUUACACGGGUAUGCUGAGGAAAUCAUGUGCCGAGCUUUUCAGAACCAUUUAACGGAUUCUGUCCGAAGAUGGUUUCGGACGCUGAUGCCAAAUUCUAUCUCAAGUUGGGAUGAGUUAAAGGAAGCAUUUUCCCUCCAAUUCAUAGGGGUUAAAAAAUACGUCCCCCCGAAGCAGAAUCUGACGACGAUAUACCAAAAGCCGAACGAGCUAUUAAAGGAAUGGCUUGCAAGAUAUGGGGAAGCUGUCACCGUCACGAUGGAUAUAACAGACAGAGAGGUCUUGAUGGGGGCAUUAUCUAGCAUGAAGAAAAUUACCCCCUUCAAGAGAGAGUUGAACCGAAAACCCUCGUCCAGCUACAAGGAAUUUCUUGCGCAAGCGCAAGGGUACAUCAACGCCGAAGAGGCAGACGCAAAUGACCCCGAGCAUAGGUCCAACAAGAAUAAAGGGACCGAACAGGGGUCGACACCGGCAAAACAGGACAGGAAGAAGCGUCGAGGUGGAGGAAACGGAGAGAAGCAGCCAGCUGCGACGACGAGCGCUCCAGAAGCUAAGAGGCCAAGGCAAGAGGAUACCCUUAAGCCUCGACUGUUUCAAAAGUACGAUUCCUACCACGAGCUAACGGUAGGAGUUGAGGAGGUUUUCAACCAGGUCGGACGCUGA